UGGCCGCUUUCCCUCGGGCAGGGGUCCCGGGCGCGCCCGUUCGCGGCGCUGCGGUUCGUGCGGGAGCCGGCGGACGCGGCGGUGGCCCGCGGCGGGGAUGUGCUGCUGGAGUGCGCGGCCGAGGCCGAGGGCGGCACGCCGGUGAUCCGCUGGAAGAAGGACGGCGAGUGGCUGGACGCGCAGGAGGAUGAGCGGCGGCAGCAGCUGCCCAACGGCUCGCUGUGGAUCCGCAACGUGCUGCACUCGCGGCACCACCGGCCCGACGACGGCGUGUACCAGUGCCGCGCCGCGCUGCACGGGCUGGGCGCCGCCGGCAGCCGCGCCGCCAGGCUGGCCGUGGCAGGCCCCCUGCGCUUCCUUUCCCAGCCAGAAUCCGUCACUGUUUUCCCGGGAGAUUCCGUCCUGCUCAAGUGCCAAUUCCAAGGGGAUCUCCCCAAAAGUUUGGGAAUGCCUCGGAUCCGCUGGCAGCGGAACCAGGAGGAUUUUCCGGAAUCUUCCGACUCCAGGGUGGCUCUGCUGCCCUCAGGAACGCUGCAGAUUUCUGGGAUCCAAGCCGGGGAUGCAGGGAGUUAUCGCUGCCUGAGCCAAAAUUCCGGGAGUUUCGGGAGCUCCCGAGGCGGGAAUGAGGUGGAGCUGAGAGUGCUGCAAGAUCCCGGAAUUCCGAGGCCACCGCUUUUCCUGCGGCGCCCGGCCGACGUCACGGCCCGGGAAGGGACGGACGCGGUUCUGGAAUGUUCAGCCUCGGGAGUCCCGGAGCCGACUUUCACCUGGCUCCGAGGGGACGACGUCAUUCCCUUCAGCUCCAAGAAGUAUUCCCGGCUGGCUGGCAGCAACCUGCGGAUCGCCAACGUCACUUCCCGGGAUUCAGGAAUUUACACCUGCCUGGUCAAUUUCGGGAAUGGCCUUGGCAAUGAGAGCGCAGCCGCCGAGCUCUCCGUGCUGGUUCCUCCGUUUUUCUUGAGCCGUCCUUCCAACCUUUACGCCUGGGAGAGUUGGGAUGUGGAGCUGGAGUGCGCCGUGGGUGGGAAUCCGAUGCCGACGGUGCAAUGGCUGAAGAACGGGGAAGUGCUGAUCCCCAGCGAGUCCUUCCAGAUCGUGGGAGGAAGCAAUUUACGGAUCUUGGGACUGGUGAAGUCAGACGAGGGAUUUUAUCAAUGCAUGGCUGAGAACGAAGCUGGAAAUUCCCAAUCCAUUGCCCAACUCAUCAUCCUGGAGCCCGAGCCGUCGGACCCCUCGGCGCUGCCCUCGGCUCCGCGGGACGUGCUGCCCGUGCUGGUCUCCAGCCGCUUCGUGCGCCUGGCGUGGCGCCCGCCCGCCGAGCCCCGCGGCAGCCCCCUGCACUACACCGUGCUCUACGCCCGCGACGGCGCCGCCAGGGAAAGAGCCCUGAACACGUCCCAGGCUGGGAUCUCUGUGGGGAAUCUGGAGCCGGACAGUUCCUACCGCUUCCGAGUUGUGGCUUCCAACGACUUCGGACCCGGCGAAUCCUCAGAACCCCUCAAGGUUUCCACGCGGCCCGAGCUCCAAAUCCCUGGCCCUGUAGAAAACUUCAGAGCUCUUCCGGCUUCUCCCACUUCCAUCCAGGUUUUUUGGGAUCCUCCGGCUUUCUCUGAUGCUCCCAUCCAGGGAUUCCGGCUCUUCUGGAAGGAGGCGGAGAUGGGAAGGGAACAGAGCGUGGACGUGGACGGGCGCUCGUACCGGCUGGAAGGGCUGAAGAAGGCCCAGGAGUACCGGCUGCGCCUCCUGGCCUACAACCGGCACGGGCCCGGCAUCGCCAGCGCCGAGCUGGCCGUCACCACGCUCUCCGACGUUCCCAGCGCAGCUCCUCGGAACGUUUCCUUAGAAGUGGUGAAUUCCAGGAGCAUCAAGGUGAGCUGGCUGCCGCCGCCGCCGGGCACGCAGAACGGGUUCCUGACCGGGUACAAGAUCCGGCACCGCCGCACCUCCCGCCGGGGAGACACCGAAACCCUGGAGCCCAACAACCUCUGGUACCUGUUCACAGGUCUGGAGAAGGGCAGCCAUUACAGUUUCCAGGUGGCGGCCAUGACGGUGAACGGGACGGGGCCGCCCUCGGAGUGGGUGGGCGCCGAGACCCCCGAGAACGACUUGGACGAAUCGCAGGUGCCCGAGCAGCCCAGCUCGCUGCACGUGCGCCCGCUGUCCACGGGCAUCGUGAUGAGCUGGACGCCCCCUCUGAACCCGCACGUGCUCAUCCGGGGCUUCCUCAUCGGCUACGGCGUGGGCAGCCCCUACGCCGACACCGUCAGGGUGGACAGCAGGCAGCGCUUCUACAACAUCCAGAAUCUGGAGCCCAACUCCCACUACGUGAUCUCGCUGAAGGCGUUCAACAACGCGGGCGAGGGGAUCCCGCUGUACGAGAGCGCCACCACGCGGUCCGCAGACCCAUCUGACCCAUCUGAGCUGGAAUUUUUCCCUUCCCUUUUUCCCACCUCAUUCCCGGAUUUCUUCCUCCCUCCUGUGGGAAUCCAAGCCCUUCCCCUCACCCACGACUCUGUCCGCGUCUCCUGGGCCGACAAUUCCAACCCCAAAAUUCCCAAAUUCACGGAAAAUUCCCAAAUCCGCUUCUACACCGUCCGCUGGAGGAGCAGCUACCCCGGAAAUUCCAAGUAUAAGUUGGCCGACACGACGGCCCUGAGCCACACGGUGACGGGGCUGAGGGCCAGCACCCGCUACGAGUUCUCGGUCAUGGCCACCAAGGGCCGGCGCUCCAGCACCUGGAGCAUGACGGCGCACGCCACCACCCACGAGGCAGCUCCCAGCUCGGCUCCGAAGGAUCUGACGGCGAUCUCCCGGGAAGGGAAACCCCGGAACGUGGUGCUGAGCUGGCAGCCACCGCUGGAGGCCAACGGCAAAAUCACGGCCUACACUUUAUUCUACUCGCUGGACAAGAGCGCCCCGAUGUCGGAGUGGGUGCUGGAGUCGGUCGGGGCCGAGCGCCUUUCCCACCAAAUCCCGGACCUGCUCCCGGAUUCCGGGUACUUCUUCCGCAUCCAAGCUCGGAAUGCCAAAGGCUUCGGGCCCCUCUCAGAGCCCGUCUUCUUCAGGACGUCCAAAGCAGAAAUGCCGGAUAAAAUGCCCAACGACCAAGGUCGCCACGGAGACGGAGCCUAUUGGCCCUUGGACAUCGACCGGAGCAGUCUCAACGAGCCGCCCGUGGGGCAGCGCGGGCCCGCGGCGGGCACGGGCGCGCUGCUGCUGCUGGUCCUGGGCGUGAGCGGGGCCGUGUCCGUGGUGGCCGCGGCCGUGGGCGCCUGGAUCUGCGCCCGCCGCAGCGAGGAGAGGAGCAGGAGAAAACAUGGAAAGAGAAAAGGAAGCCAGAAAGAGCCGAGACCUCCGGACUUAUGGAUCCACCAUGAGGAAAUGGAGCUGAAAAACAUGGAAAAAGCUCCAGAAUCAGAGCCGCCCCCUCAGAAUUCCCAAGAAAUCCCAAAGGAGCCCAAAACUUCGGAGUCGCAGCCGGGAAAUAAAAAUAUUCCACAGCCAGCUCCAGAGCCGGAAGAAGUCGGCAGCGGCGGCUCCACCUUGGAACGUUCUGGAAUUUCCAGGAGAGCCAAACUCCUGAUCCCGAUGAAUUCCCAAAAUUCCAACGCCGCCGUGGUCAGUGCCAUUCCCGUGCCCACCUUGGAAAGCUCCCAAUAUCCUGGGAUUUUGCCUUCUCCCACCGGAUUCCCGAAUUUCCCGCUCCGGCCGCUGCCCUUCCCCAACCUCGUCGGAAGAACUGUUCCUGAGUCUCCGGCCCCGGAUCACCCCAACCCCGAGGAGAUUCCCAGCAGGACGAUCCCCACGGCCUGCGUGCGCCCCACGCACCCUCUGCGGAGCUUCGCCAACCCCAUGGACCCCAAGAUCCCCUACGCGCCCCUCAUGGCCCAGGGGGCGCUGCCCAAGGCGCCGCUCAAGACGGCCUCGCUGGGCUUCCCGGGCAAGGCGCGCUCCCCCCUGCUGCCCGUGUCGGUGCCCACGGCCCCGGAGAGCGCCGAGGAGCCGCAGGACUGCACCAACGUGUACGAGCAGGACGAGCUGAGCGAGCAGAUGGCCAGCCUGGAGGGGCUGAUGAAGCAGCUCAACGCCAUCACCGGCGCCGCCUUCUGAGCCCGCGGAGCCCCCGCGGAGCCCCGACCCGCGGAAACGCCGCGCCCGGAGCGCCCCACGCGCCCUCCGCCUCCGCCCUGCUCGUACCAAAAAGUGUGGAAACAUCGCGAUUGACCCGGGUGUGGAGGCCUCUUCCCAAGAACCCCGGUGUUCCGCUGGUGGGGAGUUGUGGUGAUUUUUGGGAAUUUUUUGGGGGGGAAAAAUAAGUGGAAUUUUGGACCUGUUUUUGGUGGGAGUUGGAGGGGAAGUGUUUGGGAGGAGAAACAAAUCUAGGGGAUAAAGCGGGAGUACCUGGAAAAACGGAGAAUUGGGGGAGAAGAGGGAAAUUCUGGGGAAAACCAAAAAAUUUGGGGAAAAGAAAAGGGAAAUUCCUGGAUGGAAAGACGAAUUUCCUGGAAAAAGCAGAAAAAUUUGGGAAUAAAGAAGGAAUUCAUGGAAAAACCAAAAAUAUCCUGGAGGAGCCCCAAAAAUCUAGAAAAAAGGGAGAAAAUUCCAGGAACAAAUAAAAAUUUGGGGAAAAAAGGAAAAAGUCUGGGGGAAAAAAAAUAUUGCGAAAAAAGAAGAAAAUCCUGGGAAAAAGGAGAAAAAAUGGGGGGAAAAGGACAAAAUUCCAGAAAAAAAAAGAAGAAAUUUUCCAAAAAAAAAAAAAACCCUAGGAAAAAAGGAGAAGUUCCUGAAAAAAUGAAAAGUUCUGGGCAAAAAAGAACAAAAAUUCAGGAAAAAAAUUAAAGUUUAAUGAAACAAACAAACAAAAUCUGGAAAAAAGAGAAAUAUUCCAGGAAGAAAUUAAAAGUUUAGAAAAAAAAAGUAAACUUCCUCUGUAAAAACAAAAAGUUCCAGGGAAAAAAAUGAAAAUUCCUGGAAAAAAUUAUAAAUUGGGAAAAAAGAGAAAAAAUUCCAGAAACACAGUAGAAAAAUCCAGGGAAGAAAUAAAAUUAUUGGAAGAAAAGGCAAAAAUUCCAAGGAAAAAUAGGGAAAACAUUGUGGAAGAAAACCUAAAAUUUUAGAAAAACAAAAAAAAAAAAGGUCCUGUAAAAAAAGGCAAAAAUUCCAUGAAAAAAUGACAACAUUCCUAAAAAAAUUAAAAUUUUAGGACCAAACGAAGAAAAUAAAACCAAAAAAGGUAAAAAUUCUGGAAAAGAAAUUUAAAAUUUGGGGGGAAAACUAAGAAAAAAAACAUGGAAAAAAGGAAAAAAAUCCAGAAAAAAAAAUCAGAAAAGAAGAAAUAUUCCAGGAAAAAAAGAGGAAAAAUUCCCAAAAGAAUUCCUCAAUUUUUGAGCAAUUCCAAGAAUUUCCCCUAAAAAUCCCAUUUUGCCACCGUUUUCCAUGGAAUUCCUGAAAAAAUCCUCCCAAACAAUCCCAAAU